AGAAAUAAAUAAAAUCUUUAAAAAAAAAAAAAAAAGUUCAGACAUAUUUAACAGAACCUAUUUAGUUGGUAGUAGAGUUUUCAUUUAUAAAAAAGCAGCUUAAGUGUGUAUUACUAUACAGCUUUAGCGUGGCCAUAAGUAACAUCUCAAUACAAUCAUUGGAUAAACUAAUAAAACAGCUUUUUUUGGUGUUGUAACAGAAUAUUGGUUUUGGAGUUGAAAAGGCCUGCAUUUGAAUACUGAUAACUUUACUAACUAAAGCUGAAUCUUGUGUAAAUUCCUUUACCUAUCCAUUUCUUUAUUUAUACUUGUAAAAAACACAUAAAGUUACCCUCUUGGCCAUUUUAAGUGUAGAUGUCUGUAGCGUUAACUAUAUUCUCGUUACUGUGCAUUAAAAAUUUUUUUUUAAGAUUUAUUUAUUUUAGAGAGAGAGCGGGGGAGGGGGAGAGAGAGAGAGAGAAUCUUCAGCAGACUCCCCACUGAGCACGGAGCCCCCUGUGGGGCUCGAUUUCACCACCCUGAGAUCAUGACCUGGGCUGAAAUCAAGAGUCAGAUGGUUAACCGACUGAGCCACCCAGGUGCCCCCCCAAUUUUGUUUUUUUGUAAUAAUUUCAGGCUUACAGAAAAGUUGGAAAAUAGUAAUGGAUUCCCAUAUACCUAGAUUCCCAAAUGUUAACAUAUACCAUGACCAUGUAACUUAUUUAAAUUGAGAUAUAAUUCACAUACCAUUAAAUUCACUAUUUUAAAGUGUACAAUUGGGGCGCCUGGUGGCUCAGUCGUUAAGCGUCUGCGUUCGGCUCAGGUCAUGGUCCCAGGGUCCUGGGAUCGAGCCCCGCUCGGCAGGAAGCCUGCUUCUCCCUCUCCCACUCCUCCUGCUUGUGUUCCCUCUCUCGCUCUGUCUCUUUCUGUCAAAUAAAUAAAAUCUAAAAAAAAAAAAAUAAAGUGUACAAUCAGUGGUUUUUAGUUAUAUUCAUAAGGUUGUGCAACCAUCACCACUAUUUAAUUCUAGAACAUUUUCAUCACUCUGAAAGAAAUCCUAUACCUGAUAGUGGUGAGUCCCUUUUCACCCCACCCCCACUCCCCAGCUCUUGGCAUCUUUAACUUUUUGAACCACUAUUCUCUCUUUUAUAACAUAGGCAUACUGGUACUGAUACUGAAGUAUUUUGAGAUAACGUGAAAAUACCUAGCAUAGUGUCUCUCUAAGGCAAGUGCUGAAUGCCCACUUAGUUUCUUUUCUCUUAUCACAGGAAAAAAAAAUACUAUACUUAGAUCUACAUGAAUUAUUUUCAAAACUGUGAUGACAGAGAAACUGUUUCUAAGUGAGAAUUCUUUUACUAGUUUAUCAACCAACAAUUUACAAGAUAUUAAAAAACAUAAUGGGGGGACCUGGGUGGCUCAGUAGGUUGAGUGACUGUGUUCGGCUCAGGUCAUGAUCCCGGAGUCUCUGGAUCCAACCCCGCAUCGGGCUCCAUGCUCAGCGGGGAGUCUGUUUCUCCCUCUGACCCUUCCCCCCCUCAUGCUCUCUCUCUCUCUCUCUCUCAUAUUCUCUCUCUCAAAUAAAUAAAUCUUAAAAAAACUCCAAAAAACAUAAUGGAGGUGAUUAUGUUAAAAUAGUUAAUGUAAGGUAAAAAAGCCUGUGAAACUCCAAAAAAUACAUGUGUAAAAUAAUGUUUUACAGACACAGACUAGGGAAAUAGAUCUGCAAUAGGUGCCUAUCGUGCAUGCUUAUUGUCAUUGAUUAAUUUUUUAUUUUGAAGUUUUAUUUUCUUGACACAUUUUACGUAUCCAUUGUUUAAACAUUUUCAAACUUUGUAUGUUUAAGUUUAUAACAAGGCAUGGUAAAUACCGCAGUGUGGUAAAACCAGUCAAGGAUCAUAAGGGUUCCAUUGUUAUCUUAAAUGACAGACACAUACACCUCAUGACCUGGAUUUGAUUAGCCUUUGAUGAUAUGAUGGUUUGAUCGUGGACAUACUGUUUAGCCAAGAUGUCUGCAUUUUGAGGAAUAAUUAGUUAUGGUUCUGAUUGCCUUACCACAAAUGUUGCAAAUGUUCUAAAUAUUUAUAUUGUAGUAGGAAGCAGCCUAGGUAGCACAGGGAUAGAAAGCAUGUGAGUCAGAAAGGCCUGAGUUUGAAUCCCAACUGUGCUUUGGGAAAUUUGACAAGGACAGAAUUUCUGAAAGCCUCAAUUUCCUCGUCUAUAAACUUGGAAGAUAAUAACCUUCAGUGCAUGGGGGUUGGAAGUGAGGAUUAAAUUAGACAUUGUGUGGGACAGGACCAGCAUAGUGCCUGACCUAAAAUAAAAACCUUAAAAUGAUGGGUGUCCUUCAGAUUUCCUUACGUGCUGCUCACAGAAAGGACUCUGUGGUACUUUGAUUCUAAUUUAUAUGACCUCUGUUAUUUGUCUAGAACAGUGCAUAUUAGGUUAUUUCUUGUGAAGUAGAGAACUACAGUGUUCAAAUGAAGAAUCUGAAGAGCAAUGAAAAUAUUAAUUACCUUAGUUGUGGUCACAGUGGUGGGAUCGGUGGGAUUAUUUCAACCCAAAAAGCCAUUUAAAAAAACAUAAUACUAUUUAAAGUUAGAAAUUGUCCAAUUUGAGAAUAUACAUUUAUGUGGUAACCCUUCUGUGAUGAACACUCUUAGUCUCAUUUUAUAAUAGAACUGCUGAAUUAAAUGUGAUCGAAUGCUCUUUUGGUAUCAGAUUCAUAAACAUGAUUAUACAUGGUUUUUUGUGGCUGGCAAUGAGCAUAGGAAUAGCAGUUUUUCCCAGUCACUCAACCUGGCAAUUCUUUUUUACUUUCAGUAUGUCUUACUGUCUAAGUUCUUUGAGCUUUAGCGACAAAACUACAUAGUAAAUUGUCACAAAUCUGCCUGUUUGGACACUGCAGUAUUUUGCCAUCAUGACAUUAAAGGAAAAACAGUUUCUGUAAUAGGGUGAAUACUUCUGAGCAGAAACAAAGGUCAAGCUGUAGGAUGAACUUUUGAAUGACAGCUAAUGUUAGCGUGGCUUAAAGGGGAGAUGCCAGGUCAGCUAUGGGCAUUCAUUAGCUUCAUGGAUAUGAAAUGACAGCUUUCCCCCCCUUUAAUGCCAGGGGUGCUGAAUUAUCUAAAAGCAAAAGCUGUGAAAAUGAGAUGGUAAGAAAUUAAAUAAUCAGAACAUAAAGGAACCAAGGAAUUAGUAUUAGCUAGGGUGUGUAUGAGAAACAUUCCAGAUAGGCACUGUGAUAUAAGUUCUGUUUCUUUUCUAACCCAGAUUCUGUCACUGACUAGCUGUUCGAUCUUUGUAACUUCUUCGGUACUUCUUCAGAGCUCCUUAUCUGAAGAGCAGACAAAAUGAAGAACGGAAAACCGGUGUCAGCCCUCCUGCAGUAUCGAUAGAUUGGUAACGGCUACUUGAGAAGAAUUCUGAGAUUGUGCCUUGGGUCACUGGGAAGCAGUUGAGCAGUUGCUGAUUCGUGACGGUCACUGGGGUGCUGGUGGGCGUGUGUGCUCGCAGGGAUACGCGUUUGUAGUCAGAAGAGGCAGAAGUGGAUGUGAGAGAAAGAGAGACACAGAGAGACAGAGAGCCAAAGAGGGCAAGAGACUUGACUUUAAGAGACUCCUGUACUGACAACUCCAUGCAGUUCGGAACCAGAACGACUACAGCUGAACCAGGGUUCAUGGGGACAUGGCAAAACGCUGAUACUAACCUCUUAUUCAGAAUGUCCCAACAGGUUCCAGUGGCAUGUGCUGGCAGAGUGCUGGGUGCAGACUUUUGCCCAAACCUGGAGGAGCCAGACCAGAGGCUGGAAGUCCAGGCCAUCCGUUGCACACUGGUAAACUGCACGUGUGAAUGUUUUCAGCCAGGGAAGAUUAACCUGAGGACUUGCGAUCAGUGUAAACAUGGCUGGGUGGCACAUGCCUUGGAUAAACUCAGCACGCAGCAUCUAUACCACCCCACCCAGGUGGAGAUCGUGCAGUCCAACGUGGUGUUCGACAUCAGCAGCCUGAUGCUCUACGGGACGCAGGCGGUGCCGGUGCGGCUAAAGAUCCUGCUAGACCGUCUCUUCAGUGUCCUGAAGCAAGAGGAGGUGCUGCACAUCUUGCACGGCCUGGGCUGGACUCUGCGGGAUUACGUCCGGGGGUACAUCCUUCAGGAUGCUGCCGGCAAGGUACUGGACCGCUGGGCCAUCAUGUCUCGAGAAGAGGAAAUCAUCACUCUUCAGCAGUUUCUGCGGUUUGGAGAAACCAAGUCCAUUGUGGAGCUGAUGGCAAUUCAGGAGAAAGAAGGGCAGGCCGUAGCUGUACCAUCUUCAAAGACAGACUCAGACAUAAGGACUUUCAUUGAGAGCAAUAAUCGCACCCGGAGUCCCAGCCUUCUUGCUCAUCUAGAGAACAGCAACCCUUCCAGCAUUCAUCACUUUGAAAACAUCCCCAACAGCCUUGCAUUUCUGCUUCCAUUCCAGUACAUAAACCCAGUCUCGGCCCCACUGCUAGGAUUGCCUCCAAACGGGUUACUGUUAGAGCAACCGGGACUGAGGCUGCGGGAACCAAGCCUUUCAACCCAGAAUGAAUACAAUGAGAGCAGUGAAUCUGAAGUAUCUCCCACACCUUACAAGAACGACCAGACACCCAAUAGAAAUGCCCUGACCAGCAUUACUAAUGUGGAGCCCAAAACCGAGCCAGCCUGCGUAUCCCCCAUUCAGAAUUCUGCCCCAGUCAGUGAUCUGACCAAAACUGAACACCCAAAAAGCUCAUUUCGGAUUCACCGGAUGAGAAGGAUGGGGUCAGCCUCCAGGAAAGGAAGAGUGUUCUGUAACGCAUGUGGGAAGACAUUCUAUGACAAAGGUACUCUCAAAAUUCAUUAUAAUGCUGUUCACCUGAAGAUCAAACACCGAUGCACCAUCGAAGGUUGCAACAUGGUCUUUAGCUCCCUCCGAAGCCGGAAUCGCCACAGCGCAAACCCUAAUCCUCGCCUUCACAUGCCCAUGCUACGAAAUAACCGAGACAAAGAUUUAAUUCGGGCCACAUCAGGAGCUGCCACCCCUGUCAUAGCAAGUACAAAAUCAAAUCUCACACUCACAAGUCCUGGCCGGCCCCCCAUGGGUUUUACCACUCCCCCACUAGACCCCGUCUUACAGAAUCCUCUGCCUAGCCAGCUGGUGUUUUCUGGACUAAAGACUGUACAGCCAGUUCCUCCAUUUUAUAGAAGUUUACUCACUCCGGGGGAAAUGGUGAGUCCUCCAACCUCCCUCCCGACCAGUCCCAUCAUUCCAGCCAGUGGUACCAUAGAGCAGCACCCCCCACCACCCUCUGAGCCCACAGCACCAAUAGUGAUGAUGGCCACUCAUGAGCCCAGUGCCGACCUGGCACCCAAGAAGAAGCCCAGGAAGUCCAGCAUGCCUGUGAAGAUUGAGAAGGAGAUCAUUGAUACCGCUGAUGAGUUCGAUGAUGAAGACGACGACCCCAACGAUGGUGCAGCUGUGGUCAACGACAUGAGCCAUGACAAUCAUUGCCACUCCCAAGAGGAGAUGAGUCCAGGCAUGUCUGUGAAGGACUUUUCUAAACAUAGCAGGACCCGGUGCAUUUCAAGGACUGAAAUCAGAAGGGCUGACAGCAUGACUUCCGAGGACCAAGAACCUGAGCGGGACUAUGAGAAUGAGUCCGAGUCUUCAGAGCCCAAACUAGGUGAGGAGUCCAUGGAAGGGGAUGAGCACAUUCACAGUGAAGUGAGCGAAAAAGUCCUGAUGAGCAGUGAGAGGCCUGAUGAGAACCACAGUGAGUCCUCUCACCAGGAUGUCAUCAAGGUGAAGGAAGAAUUCACAGAUCCCACAUACGACAUGUUUUACAUGAGCCAGUAUGGACUGUACAAUGGGGGGGGGGCCAGCAUGGCAGCCCUGCAUGAAAGUUUUACAUCGUCUCUGAAUUAUGGCAGCCCUCAAAAGUUCUCCCCAGAAGGCGACCUGUGUUCUAGCCCAGACCCCAAAAUCUGUUACGUGUGCAAGAAGAGUUUCAAAAGCUCCUACAGUGUGAAGCUCCACUACAGGAAUGUUCACUUAAAAGAGAUGCAUGUCUGCACGGUGGCUGGCUGCAACGCUGCCUUCCCCUCUCGCCGAAGCAGAGACAGAAACAGAAAUUUACGGAUGGAAAGAACCAUAGGUCCAGGACAUCGAGACAGCCUGCAUCUCCGUAGACACAGUGCCAACAUAAACCUGCAUCGCAAACUGUUGACCAAAGAACUCGAUGACAUGGGCCUGGACUCAGCGCAGCCCUCCCUUAGCAAGGACCUCCGGGAUGAAUUUUUGAUGAAGAUCUAUGGUGCCCAGCACCCGUUGGGGCUCGAUGUCAGGGAAGACGCCUCCUCUCCCGCAGGGACUGAAGACUCCCACCUGAAUGGGUACGGGAGAGGCAUGGCGGAGGACUACAUGGUCCUUGACCUGAGCACCACCUCCAGUCUCCAGUCCAGCAGCAGCAUCCAUUCCUCCCGAGAAUCCGACGCAGGCAGCGACGAGGGCAUUCUUCUCGACGACAUUGACGGGGCGAGUGACAGUGGGGAGUCGGCACACAAGGCCGAGGCCCCUGCCCUCCCUGGCAGUCUAGGGCCCGAAGUUCCAGGAUCUCUGAUGUUCAACAGCUUGUCCGGGAGCAAUGGUGGGAUCAUGUGCAACAUUUGUCACAAAAUGUACAGCAACAAGGGGACCCUGAGAGUGCACUACAAAACUGUGCAUUUGCGAGAAAUGCACAAGUGCAAAGUCCCUGGUUGCAAUAUGAUGUUUUCCUCUGUGCGAAGCCGAAACCGGCACAGUCAGAACCCUAAUCUCCACAAAAACAUUCCCUUCACUUCCGUCGAUUAGUCUCAGAACGGACAUUACAAAUGCCAGCUCUCACCAGAUGGCCUACGUAUUUGAACUGCCAUAGUCCAUGUGUGCUUGUGUACUUGGCGUGUGUAUGUGUGUGUGUGUGUGUGUACAUGUAUGCCUCUGUGUCUACAUAUACACACACACACACACACACAUCUUUUUAGAUAUAAAAAGAUAAACACUAGGUGCUUUUGAAAAUUGUUUUCUUUUUCCUUUAUAGUUUUGGGAAAGGGGUGGGAUCUUUAAUUUGGGGGUGAAAACAAAGUACCCUUAAAACACACAUACACACACACAUACACACAUAAAGUGUGCAACUAGCCCAAAUUCUGAAAGAAUAAGAAUUCUUGGUCCUCUCCAGAGGGACAAUUUGUUGUAUCCAUGACUAUUGCCUGCAAAAAAAAAUAAAGGGAAAAAAAAAAAAAACAAAAAAGGAACUUCUUAUAGUUGUCUUUUGUGAACUUUAAGGUUUUGAGAGAAUCUUCAAUUAAAGCAUGGCAGAUUCACCUGUAAAUAUUUAGCCUUGAGAGGCCAAUGAUGUAAAGCAAUUGUAUUGAUGGUGUUUAACUCUUUUGUUUAAUUUUUACAGUUACAUCCAGCUGUUAGAUAUGCAGGAGAAAAAUAGUUUGCUGGCUAGCUCUAUUCAUUUAUGUUAGCAUUAAUGCACAUUUUUUUUUAAAAAAAAAAAACAUGGUCUUGUUUUUACUACCUGCUAGAUAUAGUGAUAAAGAGGUGCUGGCAUGCUUUACAGCACAGAUCGGAUUUUUUAAAAUGUCCUGUACUAGUACAUAAAUCCAGUCAUGCACUUUUUUUCAUACACUACAAGGGGAUGUGUAAUAUCCAUGCUUCUUUUUUAUCCUUAAACUAUUGCCAUACUUCAAGUAAGUGUCUUUUUAAAAAAAUUCACUUGUAUAAAAAUGGUCUGGUCAGUAUAGGGCACAAAUGCCAAACAAAAGUAUUAGUGUUAACACAAAACUGCCAACUUUGCACAAGUUUCCAGAAAAGAAAAUACAAUUAGUCACUCAACAUAACCACAGGCCAAUUUGUCGGCCACCAGAAAACCGCUUUAAAAAAAGAACACUUGGUGAUUCUUUCAAGUGCUGAAUGUUAUUAGAAUCAACAUUGCAUCCUUCUUUGCUUAUAUGUUAAGUUACAUAAAAGGAAAACACAAUUAUGUGGUGUGAAACAGCCAAGGCAUUUACUCUUCAGAGGCAGGAUAAUAUUUCAGGAUACAAAAGCCCAAAUUACUGACUGUGGAACGAAGCUGAAUAUGUAAAAGUGUUGAACACUCAUUUCCAAGGACCUAACCCUUCUCCUUUAAAAAGAAAGAAGUCUGCACUGGGUUGGUCUGUUGUAUGGCUGUCUAAUUUGUUGCAAGUUCUGCAGUAGUCCUAUGAUUCAGGCCUGUUUGAUAGACAAAAUCAAAAGACAUUUCACAGUGGCAGUACUUGGAAGCUUUGAAAACAUGUGCUGAACUUGAAUUGAGCAACACUCCUUUCUGAAAAGCCAGACGAAGGGGGGUUUAAAAUAGGAUCUCUCACUGUUGAGUGUUUUGUGUUUCCCCACAUGAUUUGUCAGAGAGAAAUGAAAGCAAGCCUGAAACCAAGCAAUUGAGAGUGAGAACGAGGGGGAGACGAUUCUCCAAACCUUUUUUGUUUUUGUUUUGUUUUGUUUCCGAUGUUUACACAUGUUGCCUGAGCUGGUUAACCACAUGGGCAGCCCUCAGCUACCACAACAUACUGACUAAAUGAUGAUAUUUACUCAAGUUCAGUCUGCAGCCAAAACCAUUAGGACGUGCAUUGCAGACUGUGUUUUGUUGUCUGUUUUUUUCUUUUUUUUUUUUUAAGUGGAGGGGGGGAAAGACAGAUAAACAAGGAAUAUUUUGUCUAACAGUACACAAUAAUUUAAAGAGAAUGUAUUUCUUUUCUGCAUUUAAUGGCCUCAAACAUUUCUCUCAUCGGUCUCAAAGUUAGAAAUACCCCCUUUGUUUGAACUUUGCAUGUUGUUUCCAUUUUUCAUAUGUUUUGUAAUUAUUUUUUCUAUGUUCACAUCAGCAUUCACUUCCGUUAAAUUUGCCAAAGGAAACUGUUAAUAUGUUUCUGUUGUUGUUAUUAUUCCUGUAGGAUUUAUUGUACCUCACAGUAUUUAUUGUUUCCAAAAAUAAGCAUCAUUAGUUGAGGAUUCAGUAUUUUUAUUUGUAAAAAUUUCAGAAACAAUAGAUUCUUAAAGAUAAGCUAGACUUGUCUAGAAGCUUCAUCUUUUCAUCUCCUUCAGAGGAUGCUAUGGGGCUCGUUUAAUUCAUUUGUUCGCCAGUGAGGAAAGACCAAAAGUAUUCGCAGUACAAAAGAAACCAUAUCAAACACUAUGUUAAAUGACAAAUGUUUACGGUAAAAAGCUGAGGAAUUAGUAAUAACCAUUUUUGUUUUCUUGUACCUUUGAAUUCCCCAAAGUCUUAAUUGCUUUAUUUUGGUGUUGUGUUAAAUUGAAUAGACAGAUGUUUUCCUUUGUUUUAUACCAUAUAAGACUAUGUACAGUAUGUUUGUGAAAAAUUGAACUAGAAUAAUGAAAGUUUGUUUGCAAACCUUUUGGUCCUCUUAGCAUUCUCUGUGUUGCGCUGUUGGCCCACUACCAAAUGAUUCGAGUCAAAAAGGGUGGAAAAAAUAUUUUUUAGUAUCCCAACAAAAGAUUAGGGAAACACUGGCUUUGGAUUGUGAUAGACUGAAUUACACCUAGUUUUAUGAAAAUAACACAUUUUUAUUUCAGUGAUAUUUAAAAAGUUACUCUCUUGGUUGAGAUACUAGAACUCAUCUUGUACAGAAUCAAUGUUUAGUCUGUUUAACUUAAUGUCAACUAAAAGGUCAAAUAGCCCUAGUGAGUGAAUUACAUAGCUGUCAGCAGGUCACAUCAGCAAAUGAGCCAGGCUUAGAACAAAUGUUUGUUACUUGCCACAAACUGGGCUAAUGUGAAUAGCCAGUUAGAACAGUCCAGAAGCAAUGAGAUUCUCAAGGUAGAAUUUCCCUUGCUCGGAAACAUGAAUGUGUUCGCCUGAGAUUUAUCAGAGAAAUGGCCAUGAGUCCUGGACAACUGGCUCUUAUUUUUAAGUGUCUCCCCUAUAUGCUACUACUUUUGCGCCUCAAGUGCCCAAAUGUUAUGGUGGCCUUCUAAAUGGGUGAAUAACACUUUCCAGUAUAAAGCCUAUUUGCUUAAAAAGGGACCGGGGGAGUGGAUGGAAGCGAAGUGGUACAUAAAGUGUAACAUUAUGAAAUGCACAGUGCUUCCUGUCCCAAAGUGUUGCUUGUUCUUGGGUGUGUGCCUGAGUGCAGUGUUUUGACUUAACUGUAAAUCUAGUUAGGACGGUGAUCCCAAGGCUUAUUUGCAAACGGGAAGGAAAAAGAGACCAGCAUUUUAAUCAUUGGGCCCUUCGUCUUUGUCCAUUUCUACUCAUUUGUUUUUUCAUAGGAGUUUUCUAUUGUGUAACAGUUUCUCUCGAGCUGCAUCCAUUCUGUGCUGCUGAAAAUUAAUAGCGAUGCAGAUUUUCAUCCAAGGAGCUUUUUCGCAUUUGAUUGAUUUUAACCACAGUUUUGUCACAGGUAGAAAAUGAGGCAGUAUUAUUAAUGUGCAUGUUCACUAGCUGAUGUUGAAACUUACUGUUCUGAUCAUUUUAAACUAUGUUUUUGUACAUAUCAGAAAGGCUUAGUCUGCUUUAGAGAAUAUCUGCAUGCUGUGGAGGAGGACGACAAAGGGCAAGGGAAAGGAUAGAUGAUAAGUAAUUUGGUUUUAAAAAUGUGAUUAAAAAGCUUGACAUUCUUUGUUCUGCUAUUAAUUGUAUUGAGAUAAGUCAACGCAAUGUAAUGCAUCUCAGAUCUUAGUCUAGCUGUCCAGUUCAGCCUGAUGCCUUUUAAAGGUUUGAAGGUAUUAAUGUUUUGCUUCUCAACGUGACAAACAUCUUUUUUGCAAAUGUUUUUAGCACAAUGGUGCCACUGUCCUUGUAGUGUGAUUUCUUUGGUCAUGACUUUCCAGGCCCUUCCAGUAAGAGGAGAAAGACACCUAACUGGUUAACAGCCCUGUUAGUGUAUACAUUGCUCUUAAAAAAAAAAACAAAAAAAAAAACUUUGAAUAUACUAAGAAUAGGCUGUUGUUCCAGAGGCAUUCUCCCCAUUUUACUCAGGAGAAACCAAGCAUUAGAUUCCCACCAAAUAAAAAGUGACCUUUUGUUCCCCUCCCUACGUACACACCCCAGAUGUGUACCAAGCAAAUGAGAAUGGGGGCCACUGGCAAUUAAAACAUAAAAAAACCAGUAACCAGAGUGGGGUGGACAUUCUGCUAACUGCUAACAGUUGACCUGAGCAGUCCUAACUUGUACUCGGUCUGUUAGUGUUGGAUUGGAUUGACUAACAGAGUAAAUAAAACUCAGCUGUAAUAAGACACACUACAUCUGCUAUCAUAAAGAAACAAAUCAUCCAGAAGAAACUUUCUUUUAUCCCCCGGACACACUCCUUAACUUUUAAACAAUUACAAUAAAUUUCAUUCUUUAAAAACUUGGAACAUUUAAAUUAGAGGAUGUUGCUUCUCCCUCCCAUGCUUUGUCUUUUAAUGGGAAGGGUCUAAAUGUGUAAGGAGGGCGAUGAAAGGCAGGUGUCAAAAAGACUGGAGGGAAUGAGUUUUUCCAAAAGCAGAGCAAGGGAUACUAAGUAGGGGAUUGGUACCUGCCCCGGUCUGGGGUAGCUAGAAAAGAAAAUAGUGAAUGAACUCGAAGUGUUUGUGCAAAAGAAAGGUCUGGUACAAUUGUGCCUAGGAGCAGGCGAGAGCAUAUUGAUGCACCAUCCCGAAGAGCUCCCUAUGACCAGGUGCCCCACGGCACCCCAGUCUGAGGAACAGGGGAAAGCAAACACAACUGUGUGGAAUAACAGGUUCCUUAAUGGGUCAGAAGAGCCAACAAGGGCAGUUGUGGGGGUUUUUUCUUUGUUUUUGGUUUUGUUUUGUGGGUGGGAAGUGAUGCUGGAGUCCCUUAGGGAAGCAAAGAGAUGUGAUGGGUCACCUAGGUUAUAGAAAAGGCUGGUGGUCAAACUGAGCUCUUAAAUGUAUUUUCUCCAUCAUGACUUUUGCUUGCCCCUGUAGCCAUGAUGGUAAUGCCACUUGGCCAAAGACUUCUUGAUCAAAAUGUGAGCUCAUUUACCUUCCUGUGAAGCAUAAAAGUAACUUUUCUGUUUUCAUGUUUUCCCUCAAAGCUAAACAUGUGGCAGUCUUCCUCGUAUUAGAAUUAAGACCAUAUCUGAUGUGUCUCAGACUCAUUUCCCUAUUCCCUGUAGUUGGAGAGUUGCUCCCCAUAUAUGGUAACUUGCAAUUAGUGUUUAUAAACCCAGCUGUAAAACUGACGGCUGAAUUAGUCUACAUCACUCUGGCCCAAACACCCAUCUUUCCUUGUGCCCUUCUUUCCAUAUCUUGCCCAAGAUGAUGCUUGUGGUCAUGCGGCAAUAACUGGACAUCAGAUACUGUCUUUGGGCAUUUGUUGAAAACUCCAAAUGCCUAAUAAAGGGUUGGUUCUUUUAAUGAGCAUUUUUACAAGUACACCAAAUUGGAUCAGCAUUAUUGUUCAUUAUAAUGCUAUAUAUAUUUUUUUGAAACAACAUUCUAUAGUUAUUAUAAAACAUCCUUAUUCUUUUCUAAAGUGUUAUUGUAAAUUCAUUUGACCUUUACUGCAAAAAAAAAAAUCUUUUCUAUAUAAAAUAUCAAGACAAGGCUCAGUUUGUAACAAAUAGUGGACCAUUACAAAAGAGGAAAGGAAAAAGCUGGGACUGAGCAGCAAGAAGCUUCAGUUCAAUUUCACCUCAUAUCUUUCUAAUAACUUACUUGUCACUUUAUUACCUUCCAGUAAUGUGAAUGCUGCUGACAAGACUGUCACACUAACAGCAGACAACACCCUCUCUGCUUCAGCCCCAGCUCUCCUGGCUACUUAUUGCCCUGGCCCUGAAGGGACACAAACUAAUAGUGUGCUUUCCAGUUCAGCACUUGGCCAUCAAAUAUAAAAGGAUGCGUAAUUGCCUGUUUAUCCCUUGUGAAGGGGAAAUGGAGUACAAGGGCUCAGCUUUCCCACUGAGUUCCCUGAUGUACACACACAGUCACAAUUCUCUCUCUCUUUCUCCUUCCCCCUCCCUCUCCCUCCCCUCCUCUUCCUCUUCCUCUUCCUUCUUGCUUCUCUCCCUCCCCUCCCAACAUACAAGUGCAUGCGCGUGCACACACACACACACACACCUAAUAAGCUGCGUCUUUGGUAAGCCCAAGGCUGCCUCUCCGAUGCCCUCUCCAGCUAUUAAGUGGACAGUAACAAGAUGACUUCUUAAAGGGUCAGCAGAGAGACCCUGUGACAGCAUUCUUUGUGUCUUUAGAAACUUAAGUAUUGCAAUUCCAUGCCCACUCAUUUAAGGAGUACUGGGUGUGGCCCCCCAUAGCUGGAGCAAAAUUUCCCACAAGUCAGUGGCAGAGCAGAAUUAGAUCACCCCAUAUUUUGGAAGGAAAGCAUUAUGAUACUUUCCUUUCCCUUCCAAAAGUGCAUAUGUUGGAGACAAACUGGUUGUGCAUGGUGGUAAAAAGUUGCUGUUGUUUUAGCUUUGGCAGCCAACCACGGGUCUAAAUGCAAGCAAGUACCUUGAAAUGACCACCUCGGAAUCCAUAGUGUAACACAACAGCUUAACCUUGAUUUUGUGAGACUGGACUGACAAUCUAAAAAAAAGUGGGGGGGGGGGAGGUGAUGGGACUUUUUACUUUAAUCACUAAAACAGGAACUACCCUAUAUGUAAAAGGUAAAUUCUCCACUUUGGGAGAAUUUUGAUAACUACAAGUAUAGUGAGCUUUACAGACUCAAGUGACGAGGGGGCAAAAGGUACAAAGGAGGAACACACGAAAAUAUUGUAUUCCAAAAUACCUUGAGCCCGAAUUACGUGUAGGUGGUGGUUGCUGUUCUUGUUUAGUGAACUGUUUUGACCUGCUUGAUAAUGGUUGGAAAGUGGCUAGGUAGUGACUAAGUGAAGCGCAAGAUCGAUUUGUACUUCCUCUCUAAGGAGCCCGAGGACUCCGUGCCUCCUCCCCACCCUCUGGUAGCAGGUGUGACAGAAGUUGCUGACACCCGCCCCCCCCCCCCCGCCCCCGGGAACAGUCACAUGGCAAAUGUAUUUGUCAAACAAAGGAGAUGCGUGCAAAUGUCAUCUUUGAUGUGGACUUUUGGAGAGAGAAAAGCAGGAGACUUAGACAUAGAAAGCUUAACAGGUCUUUGUUGACAAAUUUGUGCGAAAUAAUUUCAUUAGCCCGUCUGAGGACCGGGAAGAAAAGCACUUUGAGCGAGGAUUCUUGGGGUCAGAGAAAAAGCAGUUGGCUUGAUGUUGUUUAAGUUCCACCAGUAUGUAUAUAUUACAAUCAUUUAUCAAACAUAUUAAUAGAAUCUUAAAUGAAUUAAAAACUCGGUUGCCAAAAUUGCACAGAAUCUGCUAAUACUAGCUUUCCCCCUUGAAAUAACAGGGAUGCUUGAGGACAUUUCUAAUGUUUUGGGUUUUUUUAAGUUUCAUUAAAAAAAAAAAUCUUUGAAGGGAAGGAAGAGCAGAAAGAGGUAUUUUAACAAAAAUGGAGAGAAGUAGAUAGUAUAAAAAUAUAUUUCUUGAAGAGAGAGAGUAUCUAAGUGCUAUACCAAGACUUUAUAAGGCUUCCUGUUGCCAAAUGUGAUGUUGAAACAAUGCACAACGAAGAUAGCGAAUCAAUCCAUUAUUAACCGGCUCCGCCCACUUCCGUUGCGGAACUCGAGGAUUGAGAGGUGACCCUGGGGAGCCCCUGGAUAUGUGGGAGAGCCCCUCUCACCUGGUCCUGCAAGCGUUUUCCAGAAGAGGAGGGAGAAACCCCCAGGCCUCUUGGUAGUCCCCGUGCAAGGGGAGCCCCCUGCCUGCCUUUGCCAGGCGAGGACACAAAGCUUCCCCGCCCCGUGAGACUCAGUGCGGUAGCCAGGAGAAGCAUUGAUUCCCGAGGUAUGAUGCUCCUGAACUCCCAGACAAUGUGCUGAGUUAACAGGUUCACUUGAGAUGUAUAAACCAAGGUUGAUUGUUUUUUGUUUUUUGUCUGUUUGUUUGUUUGUUUUUCAUCUAGUACUCAAUUUGGAGCGUUUUUGCAUGUCUCUGUACAGAGUAAUCCAUUCCUCUCAUUGCCUAUCUUAAUCUCCCUUGACUUUUCCAUUAUCCUCCACUGCCGCCCUUUGCUCUCCUUCUGAUCUCACCUACCCCUUAAAAAAAAAAUCUUUUCUGAAGCAAGAAGGUAGAACACUCCCUCCUUCGUCCUGAUUUUGAUCAUUUCGGAAACGUGUGUGUUCUACCCUGUCCAGGGUUUACAUAACAUGAAUUAAGCGAAUGAGAUGUUUUAGUAUUAUGUAUUAACCUGAUAUGACUAUCUAAGAUUUAUAAUGUAUGGUGCACUCUCUUUCCUGUGCAAACUUUGGUUCAGCUGCCCUGCAGAGAAAUCUUACCAUUUUCCUACCAGUGCCAGUAAAAAACGAAGUGCAGGAGAGCUAAAUGUGGGUACAUGGAGGUCAGAGGGUCAAGGAAGGUCAAGGAACCAAAAGGAGACUUUGGUCUGAGGCCACCUGGGCCCUUCCUCAAAGCUGGAGGCAAGCUGAGGCUCUGGGAAGGAAAGCUCUCUGUUCUCCCCUGCAGAUCAAGGGCUAGUCCUUCCAGAACUAGCAAGAUCCUUCACACAGUUGGGAGAACACGUAACUUUCUAAUCCACCCCAAGCCCACCGGUGUGUCUCGAUAACAAAAACAUUUGACUCGACCUGCAUAUUUGACAGCAAAAGUGGCCAAGGGAAUUGAAGUAUCUUGAGGAAAAGGAAUUUUCACCAAGAUAGGUCCUCUCCGUCCCCCAGAGUUUGGGGGGUCUGGGCUUUUCUUUUUGUUUAUGUUGUUCUCAUCUACAUUAAACCAGUCUCUUCUGCUAAAGCCUGUCACAGAGCCAAAGCCUGUGCUCCACACGGUAGCUGCACCCAGGGACGGGGACGGCUUGCAUCCCUCCCAUGUAAUACUCGCGACGUCGGUAGCUUCAGAAAUACUGUAUGUACCUUGAACAAGGGUUUUGUUGCUGUUUUGUUUUGUUUUGCUUUUUGGUUUGUUUUGAUCAGUAGUCUAAGGGAAUUAAAAGUUUUUUUAUUUGCUAUUUCCUUUGUUGUAUUUUCUGUACUAUAACUGUCUACAGUAUGUCUUUUGCAUAAAAUGCAUAAGGGUUUGGGGAUGUAAAUGGAAUUUUAUUCAUAUUUUGUCCAAAUACCUCUUGUAAUUUGUAUCAGAAUUCUUGUACAAUUUUUAUAUUAAAGAUUUAUCAGUCACUGA